CCUCCUCGCUCAGCACAUGAGUGAUGGGACGGCGGGUGAAGCGAGUCAUAUGAACGGAGAACCACUGUCCAAGGUAGCCCGCCUAGACGGCAUGCUGGGCGGUGACGUCAUCUCCAGCACGGAGCGCACCAUCGAACUGAAAGAAAACCAUUCGUCCCAGGCCGGCAGAUCGGCGGAGGAAGCUACCGGCAGGGAGGAGGGGGAGGUCAUCCCCAAGGAGGAAGUUCCGGAUCGCAGCGGCAGCACGUUCAGCCACGACCACGGCCACUCCUCCUCUUCGAGCGACGAGUCCCCCGUCAAGGUACUUCCCCGCCACCACCACGCCCUGCCGCUGGAGACCGACUGCCGGCUUCCUCUCUCGAGAGACUCCCUCGAGAAGGCGGCGGCGGCGGCGGCGGCAGCGGCGGCGGCGAGAGGCAACGCUGCGGGCGAUCGACCGCCCGACAUCCUCUGA